GUACCUUCUUAUUCUUCUGUAUUACUACUGAUCUAUUGAUGGAAUAUCUCUAGCAGCCGCCAUGUCCAGCGAUGGGGAUUCCGGCGCAGCAACAACGGCAGAAUGCCCUUCUCUGCCAUGGAGGCUGCUGUCCUCUACUACCAUGCUCGGCGUGAGUGCGUUGUGUCGCGGGUUUUUAUAUGGAUUGAGCCAUCCCGAGGUCAAUGGGUUGGAGUCGUUUUUGGAGAUUAUUGAGUCGAGGAAGGAUCCGGCGCAGAGGUCGAGGGGGUUGCUCACUGUUUCAAAUCACACGAGCGUGUACGUACGUUGACGGUCGAUCGAAAAGCAUGUCUACAAGGAUGGACGCUGACCGGUAACUCACGAUAGAAUGGAUGAUCCGAUUAUGUGGGGAGUUUUGCCCAUGCGAUACCAUUUGCGAUUCCCGGCGACGAACAUGAGGUGGUCUUUUGGGAGUCAUGAUAUCUGUUACCAGGGCCGACCGUUGGCACUGUUCUUCACAAUGGGCCAAGUGCUACCUACCCAUCGACUUGUGCACUCGCCCUUCGGUGGCCUUUCGCAGCCUGCAGUGACCCAGGCAAUUCGAUUGCUGUCCAACGGACCGUUCCCGGUUGACGCCUACCGCGCUAAGCCAGAACGACAGAACUGGAGCAUACAGAAUGUCUGCGUCGAUCCAUUCUCCGACCUUCCUACUGCCUACACGACGAAUGACCAGGAUUCGCAUCUCGCGCCCUCCGCUUAUUCUUGCAAUUCGCAUGCGUGGCUUCAUAUCUUCCCCGAGGGCAAGAUCCAUCAGGCGCCGCAUAAGACGAUGCGGUAUUUCAAGUGGGGCGUUGCACGACUUAUCCUAGAAGCCAGUGAGUGUCCGGAUGUUGUGCCCAUUUGGUUGGAGGGAUUGGACCAGGUUAUGCACGAAAGCCGCAAGUUUCCUCGAUUCCUGCCCCGGGCGGGAAAGAAUAUCAGCAUCACAUUCGGAAACAAGGUCGACACGGAAACCGUUUUCGGCGAGUACAGAAGACGAUGGAAUCAACUCAGGGAGAAAGUUGAAAAGAGCUCGCCCUCAGCUCGGGAUCUUCCGCUCGGUGUUCUGAACGAGGAACUGCUGUAUGGCGAAGAAGCAGUCGAGCUGCGCAGAGAAGUCACCAAGAAGAUUAGAGAUCUUGUGUUAGACGUCCGGCGGACUAGAGGGCUGCCUGACGAGGAUCCUAAGGAAGGUCUUGUGGAGACUUGGAUGCAAGAAGGUCCUAAGCGUGAGGGCAAGAUGAAGGACGAUUCAUGGAUGUCAUCUAUGCCCAAAAAACGACAUAAACGACAUAAUCCCCUCUUCACAAAGCCUGCCGACACUCCGCAUCACACACUCCUCAGUUCCAGCCCUCGAAAUGACAGAUUUCAAUCAUCGUCGUCGAGCGCCCAGCCAUCCGUCAACGACCUGAUCCACCACCUCCGCCGCACCCAAAUAUCCAGCUCUGAUGAUCGCACCAAUCCCUCCGGCUUCGUCACUCCUCGAUCCGUCCACCCCUCCUUACGAAAUCUCCUCGAACUCCCUGAGACUCCGCCUCCGCGACCCCGCCCAGAUGCGCGUCGCGUCGGUGUCGGACGAUUGAGAAGAACCCCGGGACCCCCGCCACCGGAGAGCUGGCUACUGGGAAAUAACCAAAAUACCAGCAAUGAUUCCGAACAGGAGGAUAUCAAUACCGCCGCAGAAACGGAACGAGUCAUCUACCGACUAGAACGCCUCCCGGGGACGACCUUUCCCCCGAAAAAUAGCCUUUUGCAUCUGACUCUCAAAGCCAUGGCCCAGCACUGGGCAUGGCAUGUGGCAUACGAUGGACAAUUUUUGGCUAUGCUGCCUACUCAUGUCAAGGUGUUGUUGUUGAGUUAUAUCGCUGUCUACGGGAGGGAUCAGCCUCUGAGGGGGUUGGUGCGUGGGUUGAAGCCGUUGAUUGCGGUCGAUAAGAGUGAUGAGGAUUAUCAAGGUUCUGAGUUGGAUAGUAUCUCGCGGUUGGAUUUGGAUGGUGCGCUGGGACGGUGGAUGGGGUUUAAGGAGUUGAAUAAUGAGCUGUUCCCGUCGUCUGGCGCUGUGGACCUACCGCGCAAAUCGAAAAAAGCUGUCCCGGCAUCGUGGGAAGAAGAGUAUGAGGAGGAAGAGGCGUCAUCUAUACCCAAAUCCUUUGAUCAUGGCUGUCGAUUUGAGAACCUCCGAUUUCUCUCUCUAGCGCAUCCGCAUCCAUCCGCCGCAAACUGGAAAUCCCUCCUGAAGCUUCUUUCCCGUCUAUCGAUUCUCACUCAUCUAUCACUCGCCCACUGGCCCGUUCCAACGCUUACGCCCAACGCGAUAAAUGCUCGCGUUCGCCACCCAACACACCGAUCUCUUAUAUUCUCCUACGGAGGCAUGGAUACUUAUUCCGCCAUGGAGAACAACUGGGCCGAGGCUGCCGGUAUCCUGCGCAAACUAUCGCAUGCUACUUACUGCCUGAAAUGGCUUGAUCUCGAGGGUUGUGGUGACUGGAUUCCGGCGCUAAGUUGGACCGGCCACGGUCCUGAUGGCGAGGUAUACCGGACGGGUCCGGAGUGGAACGGAGCAUGGAGAGAUAUUGAGUGGAUUAGUUUGGGACCUGGGUGGUUGCCGCAUAUUGAUUAUGCUGAGCUUCUUGGUCUUCAUACUCAUGAUGCCGACAGGCCACCUGUGGCGACAACGACAUGGCUACAGCAGCAGCAGCAGCAGCAGCAGCAGCAGCAGCAGUAUCAGCCGCCUGCAUUCCGGUCACUAGCAUCCUCCAUUCACGCGCCGCCAACCCCUCCAGCAUCAUUGUCCCGUAUAAGGGGAAUAGAGACCGAUGACGAUGACAGCGGCAGUGACACUUCAUGGGACGUGGAAGUCGAACGCGUCAAGUAUCGACACGCAAAGGAGCUAGAGCGGUAUCGGGAGACGAUGCGUACCGCGAGGACGGUCCAGCAGCAGGUGCAGCAGCUUAGACGGGAAGGAAAGGGGAAGUGGGUGCAUUUCUCGCUUGGGAUUGAGGAGCUUAAGGUGGAUGUGGUUAGGGAGUUGCUGGGGGAGGAGUAUACAGGUUUUCUUCCGUAG